AUUAACCAGGAACGGUGCAAAGGGCAAGAAAGAAGGAGUAGCCGUCCCGGUUAUUCAGUAGGAGGUUGCAGUGUCACAUUCCUCUUUAAAUGGCAUUUUAUCUAAGAUAAGGGUCAUUUUUGCAAAGCCACAGUUCGAGCUGCAGAUGAGACUUCCUCUUCGCUCCUUUGGCAUCUUCAGGAGUUUACUCUCUCACAGGCAAACAACAAACCCACAGAGUCGAGGCUUGAGUGGUGCAGCCAUGCGUCUGGUGCAGUUUCAUCGCCACGGUGACAGAGGAGGCAUCAGGGUGGGAGUGGAGCUAGGCGAAGGGCUCGGUGUGGUGGACCUGAAGGCGUUCGACUCCUCCAUGCCCUCGACAAUGAAAGAGCUGCUGGAGCUGGGAGAGAAGGGUCUGGAGUGUGCACAGAGAGCCUUGGCAUCUGGUCAGUGUGUGGUGGAUCGAUCAGACAUCCGGCUGCUGUCUCCAGUGUUGGCCCCAGAGAAGGUGGUGUGUGUGGGUAUGAACUACCGUGACCACUGCCUGGAACAGAAUGCCCCGAUCCCCAAAGAUCCGAUCAUCUUCAGCAAGUUCCCCAGCGCCAUCACUGGGCCAUACGAUGACAUUAUACUGCCCUCAGAGAGCCAGGAGGUGGACUGGGAGGUGGAGCUGGCUUUUGUGAUAGGACGAAGAGGAAAACACAUCAAGGAAGAAGACGCUCUCUCCUAUGUGGCCGGGUUCACUGUGGCCAAUGAUGUCAGCGCGCGUGACUGGCAGAUGGGACGCAAUGGGAAACAGUGGCUGCUGGGAAAAACAUUUGAUAGCUUCUGUCCUCUCGGCCCUGCAUUAGUAACCACCGACGCCGUGAAGGAUCCUCACAGCCUGGGCAUCCGCUGCCUGGUUAAUGGAGACACAGUCCAGAGCAGCAACACUGAUCAGAUGAUCUUCAAGACAGCGGCGCUGAUCGCCUGGGUCUCAAAGUUUGUGACAUUAACUCCAGGCGAUGUGUUCCUGACAGGGACUCCUCCGGGCGUGGGUUUGUUCAGAAAGCCACCCGUUUUUCUCAAGACAGGAGACGUGGUGGAGUGCCAGAUAGACCAGUUAGGCUCUAUAAUCAACAAAGUGGUCUAAACCCCGAGACAAACUCCUGAAAACAGCAUCAAUCUAUGAAGGAACGUCAGCUGUUCAAUAAACUGCACUUCUGAUUAGUUGCUUCACUCAGUGACUUACUCUUCCCAGUUAAUAUUUCAUAAUUAUUUUUUAAAACUUUUGCAGCUUGAUUGUGUGUGUAGAUGUGUAAAAACUGUAUGUUUCUCGAUGAAUGUUUUAUUCAUGAUACUACACUAAUUGUGAGGAAGGAGAACAUGGUAAUUUUUUUACUACAUGAAACAGUAUAAUUAGGUGACUCAACGUGGUGUUUGCAGCUCAGCCCCAGUUAUUGAGUCACAGUCGUCACCAGCUGUAAAAAUACCCUCUAUCAGCAGCCGCCCACUCAUGCUACAAGGCAGAAACUGUGAACCUCCUGACUUAUUUUAAUGUGUAAAAACUAAAACGUUUUUCUAAUUAUGUUUAAUAGUCAGGAUGAUAAUUUGUAUAUAAAACUUUUCUACUAAUUUAGAGGAUUCAAACAAACUUUCUCAGAAAAAGAAAGCACAUUUCCAGUGAUGGGGAGAAUUCAAUUAAAUUAAAAAUAUGCUGUUUUCAAAAUUUGUUGCUUGCAUUGCCUGGGAGAAAAUUUUUCAUAAUUACUUCGAUCUGGGCUUUGAUUCAUGUACCUGCUCGCUUCAUUUUCUUUUUCUCUGAAAU